UUGGCAGUUUUGGUUUUGUUUUGACGUAAAUGUUAUUAGUAGAACUGGGCCACUGAUGCAUAAAAAUAUGCAUUAUUAAUAAAAUUAUUAUGCGACUAAAUUUGAAUAUUCACACCUAAAGGUUUACAAUAAAGUAUUAAUAUUAAACAUGACUCCACUGGUCGUAAAGUUUCAUAUGAGAAAAAUGAUACAUCUUGGGGUGUGCUUUAGAAUUGUUAAUAAUAUCAUCAAACAUUCCAAAACAUACUCUCAGCGCAAAAUUAACCCGGAAAUGUUUAUGCUGUCGGGGCUAGCAGGGUUAGCUUUUAUGUGGCCGACAAAAAAAUUGAACAAAGAAUCGCUAAAAACUAAUGCUGAAACAGUUACAUCGGUCCUGGAACAUGCUGAUAAUCUGUUUGAAAAUGGACACUAUGAGGAAUGCUACAAUCUUCUGUCAAGUACCAAGGAACAAAAUGUAGAAAUAAACUGGCGCAUAUGUCGUGUUUUGUAUAACAUGUCUAAGGAACCUAAAUACGACAAAAAAUACAAGAAGGACUUAGUUUUCCAAGCAUACAAUAUCAUAUGUGAUGAGCUCUCAAGACAUCAAGAUAAUUUUGCUGUUCAAAAAUGGUAUGCAUUAUUAUUAGAUGCAAAAUGCUCAUAUGAUGGAAUCAAAGAAAGAAUCAAACAACUAGAAAAUAUAAAGAAGCAUAUGGACCUUGCAGUGACACUGAAUCCAAACGAUGCAACAACACUGCAUAUGCUUGGGGAGUGGUGUUAUCAAGUUAGUAGUCUUCCUUGGCAUCAGAGAAAAAUAGCCGAGGCUCUUUUUGCUUCACCACCCCAAUCAACUUAUGAAGACGCUCUUGAGUAUUUCUUAAGGGCAGAAGCAGCACAGCCACGUUUUUACAGCCUUAAUUUACUUAGGCUGGGUAACUGCUAUUUAAAAUUGCAAAAAGAAGACCAGGCCAAAUACUAUCUCAAAUUAGCAGCAAGUUAUCCUGCAAAAUCUAAUGACGACCACUAUGCAAAUAAAGAAGCAACAGAGUUACUGAAUAAGAUUAAAUGACGAUAAUAAUUAUUAUUGUUCGGAAGUUCUACGCGACAUUUUUAAAUCCCAUUGUAUCCCCCAAGGAUAUAAAUGUAUAUUAAUUAAUCAAUAAUUAUUAAAUUAACAAAUUAUGAAAACGGAAUGGAAGAACCGUUUUUACAAGCUCAUCUGUGUUUACAAGUGAGGCUGGCUCAUCUUUUGUAAUAAUAAGUCCCCAGUUGCCCCCAAUGGGGGCGACACCUGUGACACUGGUGCGGGGCAACUGGUGGAAAUAACAGCUUUACACCUUGAAACGGUGUACGAUGAAUUUUAUUUUACAUGACCUAGCUAAGUAAAAGUAAUGUAUGAAAUAAAAUAUUUUUUACUUUA